AUGCUUGUUCUGCCACCCGACAUGAAAGAAAGGAAAAGAAUGUCACUGGUUCUCAGCAAUCGUGAAGCGUCAUGUCACAGUGUUUCUUAUGCACAUGGCGUGAUUCUCGAACGGAGUUGUUUUGUUCGCAAAAUAGUGAAGGAUAAAAUUGAGGGAGAUAAGACAACUGCAAAAAUGGUAUAUUCCGAUGAAUUCUCCUCUUUUCUUGAUCAACAUCGAACAAACAUUUUCAUCGUCAUUGCUUUCGUAAUCAGUUCAUGGUUAUACAAUAAGUUUCGUGUCAACCGAAUAUUCUUUCCAAGUAAAUGUUCGAUGAGAGGUAAAACUAUUUUAAUCACGGGUGGUGUUAGUGGUAUCGGUUACGAAACAGCUAAAGAUUUACUUCAACGGAACGCACGCGUUAUAAUUGCUGAUUACAAUAUGAAGAAAGGCCGCGAAGCCAUAGAACAACUAUGGUUGGAAACUGGAUGCGAGAAGAGUCGUAUUCGAUUGAUGAAAUGCGAUUUACGAUCAUUUCGAUCUGUUCGUCAAUUUGUUCAACUAUAUAAUACGGAAGAACAACGACUGGAUGUUCUGAUAUGUAAUGCUGGCAUUGCGUGGGCACCGGAACUUCUUACUGAAGAUGGUUUUAGUACGGUCAUGCAAGUGAAUUACCUCAGUCAUUUCUUAUUAAUCAAUCUUUUAAUGAAUAAAUUAAACGAAUGUCGACCGAGUCGAAUCGUUUUCGUUGCAUCGGGUGCACAUCGAAUGGUUCGAUCGAUCGAUUGGUCCGAUGCAUUUACACAAUUCAAAAGCUUUCGUAUAUGGGGAAUCUAUCCAAUGUCCAAAGCAUUUACUCUACUAUUUGCUCUUAAACUUAAACAUACACUAGAUUCAAAUGAUGUUGCAAUAUUUGCAGUGAAUCCCAGUUGGGUGUGGACAUCUAUUCAAACACCAAUGCGUGAAGCGAUUGGACUCAUUCUAUUUCUUAUCUGUUAUCCAAUAUUGUAUGCACUGAAGUUUAUUCUAGCUAAAACACCACAAACAGGAGCACGAACGAGUAUUUUCUGUGCAGUUGAACCAUCAUUACAGCAUUCGAAAGAUUUGUAUUUUGAAGAUUGUAAAGUGGAAACCGUUUCAUCGUUGUGUACUAAUUAUGCAUUGGCUGAUCAGCUAUGGGAAAUAAGUUUACAAGCAGUUGGACUUCCAGUAUCUUGA